UAAGCCCAAAUAUAAUCUCCAUUAUUUAAGAAUUAAGAGAGAAUAUUCUAGAAAAUGCUUGAAAUCCCUCCAAUCUUCCUUCACUCUGUUUUCCCGGCAGUUUUUGAUGACUCCCAUUCAAAUUCUAUAACAUUCUCAGAACUAACUAGAACUUUCGAUUUAUCACCUAUAAAUAACCUCCAAAGGUCUUCCAAUCUCUUCAUCAGAUAUAUAUUUCAACAAUUUUUCAAUCGAAAUAACGAUCAAUCAAAAUUACUUAAAGAAAAAAAAAAAAAACAAUCACUGAAAGAAACAAUGUCGCUGAUUCCAAGCUUUUUCCGAAACCGGCGAAGCAAUGUCUUCGACCCAUUUUCUCUCGAUUUAUUCGACCCUUUCCAUGAUUUUCCCUUCAACAGCACCACCUCUCGAUCACUCUCUUCCACCGGUGGCGACACGGCUGCAUUUGUUAACACCCGAAUUGACUGGAAAGAGACUCCGGAGGCCCAUGUAUUCAAGGCGGAUUUACCCGGGUUGAAGAAGGAGGAGGUCAAGGUUGAGGUGGAAGACGGGAAGGUGCUCCAGAUCAGCGGUGAGAGAAACAGAGAGCAGGAGGAAAAGAAUGACAAGUGGCACCGUGUCGAGCGGAGUUCUGGAAAGUUCUUAAGGAGGUUUAGGCUGCCGGAGAAUGCGAAGAUGGAUGAGAUCAAAGCGAAUAUGGAGAAUGGUGUUCUUACUGUCAGUGUGCCUAAAGCUGAGGAGAAGAAGCCUCAAGUUAAGUCUAUUCACAUUUCUGCUGCUUAAGUGUGUGAUUUUCAAGUAUUAAUGUUAAUUAUAAAAUAUAGUCCUUGAUCUUUGAAUUUACUGUUAUGGUGUUCUUCUAUGUGUGUACUCUUUAUCUAAUUUACUAAUUAAUAAAAAGUCUAAAAAGUUGUUUUAA